AUGGUCGUGCUCCAGGGAUACGCGAGGACUCGCCAAUUGAAUAUCCCGACCUGGCGCGCCUCGCCCGCUGCCCUGGCCCGUCCGUUUGAAGACUGUGUCCGCCAGUUAGACCGAUGGAUAGAGGAAGUCCCGUCUGAAGACGACCCUGCUCCUCCUGCUCGGCCUGGUGAUAAUGCGGAAAACCCCCUCGUCGUCCCCGAGAUUGAAGAUAAAGCCGCCACUUCUUGA